AUGGCUGCUAUUACUUUUAAACAUUUCCUAGUAAUUCCCAUUGCACUUUUCCUAAUUGUCUUUUUUGACAUGCAUUCUUUCUUUUCUAAAACUUUAAGAGCACUCCGUCCACAAUCAAAUUCACUAUCUUCUGUUACAAAACGUACAAUGCAUAUCCGUUCAAUUCCCAUGCGCUGGGGUACCGGCGAUAACUACGCCUACGUCUUAACCGACGACUCUACCAAAAACAGCUGGGUCAUUGACCCUGCAGAGCCUCACGAGGUCCUGCCUGUGUUGAAAAAACUUGAACAAGAAGGUGAAAUCAAGCUGGUAGCUAUUGUCAAUACCCACCAUCAUUAUGACCAUGCUGGUGGCAACGAAGAAUUGUCUAAACAUUAUCCUGGUCUGCCAAUCAUUGCUGGGAAGCAAUCUCCUCUGGUAACAACCACACCGGCGCACAAUGAGCAAUUGAGUCUUGGAGGUAAUGUUGCGAUUCGAGCAUUGCACACGCCGUGCCACACACAAGAUAGUAUUUGCUAUUAUGCUGAAGACAAGACAUCUGGUGACAAGGUUGUUUUCACUGGUGAUACACUCUUUAUUGCUGGGUGUGGUCGUUUCUUUGAGGGCAAUGCACGUGAAAUGGACCAUGCUCUUAAUACCGUCUUGGGCGGGCUGCCCGAUGAGACUUUGGUGUAUCCAGGACAUGAGUAUACAAAGUCAAACGUCAAGUUUGUUGAAAGUGUAAUGAACAAGAGUACACAUCCAGCUCUUGAAGCUUUGGCUAGUUACGUUGCACGCCAUGAGAAAACCACAGGAGUUUUUACAAUUGGCGAUGAAAAGAAGUACAAUCCAUUUAUGCGUUUACAAGACCCAGAGCUCCAAAAAGUAACUGGGACUCAAGAGCGUGAGGGCGUCAUGGCCAAGCUGCGUGAGCUUAAAAAUAAAAUGUAG